AUGCAAAUUGAAAAAUUUGAGAAACUUGUUUCUUGCAGAAAUCUAAUGAAACUAACUUAAUCUAAAAACUGGUUAUAAAUUUAAUUGAAUUAUUUAUAAACCCAUAAUUUGAAAAUUAAUUAUUUAAUAUUUAUAGAGAAAAGUAUUGCUUAUAAAAUUUAAUCCAUCACUGGGUUCAAUCAAAUUGAGACAAAACCUAUCCAAGUUUAAACCUAUAUAAUAGGUUGCGGGCGAGGCUCCUAUUCCGGAAGCUAAGCUCGUUCUUAAAUUAAACAAACGAAAUUUAUAUAUUAUUAUUAUCUGUCUUCAAUGAUAACUUGA